CAACAACGUCAAUCACUCGGCGUUAUGUUGACUUGCAUUCUCGACAAUCCUUACAUUUGGCAGCAAGACGAAUCCUUCAAUCAAUAGCAAAAUUCCACUAUGGCUGCUGUUGCGUUCGAUUCAUCAAUGGGUGCGAACACCCUUCGCCCACCUUUCGAUAGAGCAGACGCAAUCUCGACGGCCGAUAGCCUCCCGAGCGUGCAAUUUGGCUUCGAAGACCUGCGAGACCGUAUGCAGCGUUUUACACAACGCUUCGACGCGUUCAUCGAGCUGGGUCGCAAGCGUGUCCUCGAGGAACGAAAUAAAUUCCGCAUGAACGUCUCUGAACUUCAAGAGGACCAGCGCAUGAAGAAACGCGACAUCGAAAUUCUCACACUCAAACAAACAACCCAUGCGCAAACUCUUGCCAAAGAAUCGCAGGAGACCGAUGAGAUGAAUCAUGCUAUCGCGGCGCUCACAGCGCAACGAGAUGAACGCCUCGCAGCUCGCGACGCACUGAAGUCUCAGAUUGUCGAGAUUCAGACACAGAUCAGUUCUCGACGUGAAGCACAGGCUGCGCACAAGAAGCAUCUUGAGCGCGAGUCGCGGUACAACGAGCCGGAACUGGACUUCUGGGAGACGCAUCUGGGGUUGCGGAUUGAGGGUGCGGGUUAUAGCGAUCAUCUCAAAUUCACGUAUACUUGUGUAAACGAAAAAGAUCCCAGUAUUGAGGCCUGGUUCGAGCUAGAUACUGGAAGUCGGGAAUAUCGAAUUAUCCAACAUCGGCCGAAGUUGGAGCAGGAAGCAGUUGAAGGUGCACUGGACAGAUUGUCGAGUGGGAGAAUGCUUGCACCUUUUCUGCGGGAGAUGAGGCAAUUGUUUAUUGAUGCACUAAAGUAGUGUAUGGACUAUGCAUGAGCGUACGUAGAGCCGCAGAUUGGUCUCUAACGUGAUGGGCCAACAUACAUGAAGACGCUUAGAUUAUACCACUCGAGUUCUUAUAUUAUUUGCCGAGCUUUCUCUAUCUGAUAGU